UAAAGAAGUAGAGAUUGUUUGUUUGCAUUUUCGUCCAGUUCGAAGAGUCUGAAUGCCCACCAACGGUAGGCGUUUCAUUUGGGGAGAUAUUUUGUGAUGAUAUGGACUCCGGGUCGACCGACACGCAGCAGGCAGAUCGUAGCGGACACGCCAGAUCCGUCACUGCGCUCAUGUGAAGUUUGGCUCUGCGAAAAGGAUGUCACCCAGUUCUGCUGGAUCUAAAAUCAAAGAGCAUUUUUAAAGGCUGUUUGAUCUGUUCGGUAUUUUAAUUCUAUGAAAGAUAUAUUAUGAUUUUUCUCAGUUUUGAUCGGAUCCCUUUUUCUUUUACUGUGAACCUACUCAUCUAGGUGUUGCUUUGAGUGAUAGCCUACUGUCAUGCAUAUUUUUUGGCGUAAACUAUUUUAUUAAUGUUUUCUCAGAUAAAUGGAUGUCAAUUACCUCGUUUCGCUGAGCGAUUUGAAUCCCUGUCCGUUUUUUUCUAUUCAACAAGCUAAGCGAGCACUGGUAAUCAAGCGAUGGGCGCAGUUUGCCUGAGUAGGAACCGAAUGCGUCUCGAUUUUUUUAAUGCAGCUUGUUGAAUCUCCUCGUAGGUAAUAGGAAUGGGCUCGUAUUGACAAACUUUACAGCCAUUUGGGUGGUAACAGGCGGUUUACAGCUUCCCUUUCCCUAAAACUAACUCAGCUGUCAGAGCAUCAUGGCUCGUUACGGUUUCGGACUGAAACAGAACCCUCGCUUUCUAUGGAUAGUGUUUUGUUUGAUGAGAACGUUGUUGGAUUUCGCGCGGUCGCAGGAAGUUUACGCACCCCAUUCUAUCAGGAUUGAGGGUCAUUUGACCCUGGGUGGUCUCUUCCCCGUGCACACCAGAGGGACCGACGGCGUGCCUUGUGGAGAUAUCAAAAAGGAGAACGGGAUCCAUCGGCUUGAGGCCAUGCUAUAUGCUCUGGAUCAAAUCAACCUCGACGAUCAACUUUUACCCAACAUCACCCUAGGCGCCCGGGUGCUAGACACUUGUUCGAGAGAUACAUAUGCGCUGGAACAAUCAUUAACUUUCGUUCAGGCUUUGAUACAGAAGGACACUUCGGAUGUGAGGUGCACCAAUGGAGAACCGCCGUUGUUCGUCAAGCCCGAGAAAGUGGUUGGAGUCAUUGGCGCCUCGGCAAGUUCUGUGUCGAUUAUGGUCGCCAACAUUUUGCGCCUCUUUCAGAUCCCUCAGAUCAGCUAUGCCUCCACGGCCCCAGAGCUGAGUGAUGACCGGCGCUAUGACUUCUUCUCUCGGGUGGUUCCCCCGGACUCAUUUCAGGCCCAGGCAAUGGUGGACAUCAUCAGAGCCCUGGACUGGACCUACGUCUCCACCGUUGCCUCUGAGGGCAGCUAUGGAGAGAAGGGCGUGGAGGCCUUCCAACAGAUCUCCAAAGAGGCUGGUGGGAUCUGCAUCGCUCAGUCUUUGAAAAUUCCCCACAACCCCAAGCUGGAGGAUUAUGACGAAGCCAUCCAACAACUGCUGGAAACGCCCCACUCCCGGGGAGUCAUCAUCUUUGCCAGUGAAGAAGACGUACGGGGACUUCUCAAUGCCACCAAGAGAGCCAAUCAGGUGGGCCAUUUCCUGUGGAUUGGGUCGGACAGUUGGGGGGCGAAGAGCAGCCCAAUACACCAGUUGGAGGACGUGGCAGUGGGAGCAGUCACUAUACUGCCCAAACGCUCAUCUAUUAAAGGGUUUGAUGAAUACUUCACCUCGCUCACCCUGGAGAAUAAUCGCCGGAACGUGUGGUUCGCCGAGUUCUGGGAGGAGAACUUUGACUGCAGGCUCCUUAGUUCCUCCAAAAGAGAGGACACCAGCAGGAAAUGCACAGGCCAGGAGCGGAUUGGAAUAGACUCAAAGUACGAGCAGGAGGGGAAGGUGCAGUUUGUGAUAGAUGCGGUGUACGCAAUGGCUCACGCCCUCCACAACAUGCAGAGAGACCUGUGUCCUGAGCACUCUGGCAUCUGCCCUGUGAUGGAGGCAGCCGAGGGGAAGACUCUGCUCAAGUACAUACGCAACGCCAGCUUCAAUGGUAGUGCAGGCACGUCGGUUAUGUUUAAUAAAAACGGCGACGCCCCGGGACGCUACGACCUGUUCCAGUUUCAGAUGACCAACUCCAGUGUUCCUGAAUACAGGCCCAUUGGACAGUGGGUGGAGACUCUCCAACUCAGGCUGGAGGAGCUGCAGUGGCCAGAGGGGGAGCAGGCGGUCCCUAUUUCCAUGUGCAGUCUGCCCUGUAAGACAGGUGAGAGGAAGAAGAGGGUGAAGGGCAUGCCAUGCUGCUGGCACUGUGAGCUGUGUGAUGGUUACCAGUACCAGUAUGAUGAGACCUCAUGCCGCCUUUGCUCUUAUGACAUGAGGCCCAACCCCAACCGGACGGAGUGCCAACCUAUCCCCAUUGUCAAGCUGGAGUGGCACUCCCCCUGGGCCGUCAUUCCCGUGUUCCUCGCCAUGCUGGGUAUCAUCGCCACUAUCUUUGUCAUGGCAACGUUCAUACACCACAACGACACACCCAUCGUACGUGCGUCAGGCCGCGAGCUGAGUUACGUGCUGCUGACGGGCAUCUUCCUGUGUUACAUUAUCACCUUCCUGAUGAUUGCCAAGCCCGACGUGGGCGUGUGCUCCUUCCGGAGGAUCUUCCUGGGCCUGGGGAUGUGCAUCAGCUACGCCGCGCUGCUCACCAAGACCAACCGGAUCUACCGGAUCUUUGAACAGGGGAAGCAGACAGUGACAGCCCCGCGCUUCAUCAGCCCCACCUCCCAGAUCGCCAUCACCUCCUCCCUCAUCUGUCUGCAGCUGCUGGGCGUGCUCGUCUGGUUCGCCGUGGACCCCCCCAACACCAUCAUCGACUACGACGAGCAGAAGACCAUGAACCCCAACCUAGCUCGUGGGGUGCUGAAGUGUGACAUCACGGACCUGCAGAUGAUCUGUUCGCUGGGCUACAGCAUCCUGCUGAUGGUCACAUGUACCAUCUACGCUAUCAAGACCCGCGACGUGCCAGAAGACUUCAACGAGGCCAAGCCCAUCGGCUUCACCAUGUACACCACCUGUAUAGUCUGGCUGGCCUUCAUCCCCAUCUUCUUUGGCACAGCCCAGUCUGCAGAGAAGCUGUACAUCCAGACAACCACCCUCACCAUCUCUAUGAACCUCAGUGCAUCUGUAGCUCUCGGGAUGCUCUACAUGCCCAAGGUCUACGUCAUCAUCUUCCACCCGGAGCUCAAUGUCCAGAAGAGGAAGAGGAGCUUCAAGGCCAUGGUCACCGCCGCCACCAUGUCCUCCCGCAUCUCUGUGAAGCCCAGCGAGAGGCCCAAUGGAGAGGCCAAGACCGAGUUGUGUGAAAACCCACCCAUCGCACCCACCGACCCCAUGAGUCAAGCUACGAAGAAAACAUAUGUGAGUUACAACAACCUCAGGAUCUAAUGGCCUCCCAGGGAAUGCUCCGUGUCCUUACUCUGGGAUGAUGACCAUAACUGAGGAGCACAGGAAGAGAAGAUGGGCAGGGGC